AUGUAUUAUUGUCUUUUACUGGCCUCUUCCCUCCUCUCUUACUUCGCAUAUGUAAAAAAUUCAACCUUUCUCUGGAGAAUAGACGAUUAUCUGAUUAGCAGCCAGUCUCGUGAAUACACUUCGUCUCCAGACAUCGGAUUCGUUCUCGCUCACCCAGACGACGAAUCCAUGUUCUUUCUGCCCACUCUCAACGUUUUAAAGACACUCACGGACUCAAGCGACAGAUUUAAGCCGCAGCUGCACUUUCUGUAUUUAUCAAACGGCGAUUACUACAACGAUGGCAGUGUUCGUGAGAGUGAGCUUGCUCAGCUGUGUGAGAAGCACAGGUACUCCUGCUCCGUCGUCGACGAUUCCAACCUGAGGGACGGCACUGCCCAGUGGGACCCUGAGGCUGCACUCGAGUACAUAAGGAACUUCGUCAGCGAGAACAACAUUUCAGUUUUGUUUACCUUCGACGCGAAAGGGGUUUCUGGGCACCCAAAUCACGUCGGAACACACCACGCCGUAAAAUUCAUAGACGCGCGCCCUAGACGACAGCCACGUGGACCCGUAGACGAAAUCCACGCGCACCCCUGCCUAUAUAACUCUGUUCUGCUGCACCGACAUGUUUCUUUAGGUUGGCUUCCAAAAGCCUCAAGGGCCUCCUCGUGUUCUACUUGCAGUCUUUCAACCUGCUUUGCAAAUAUUCCAGCUUCCUUUCCGUUUUUCAGCUGCUCUUCAGAAGACACUCCGUCGUUUCAUUUUCACCUCUGGGUGUUUUCGGGAAUAUGCGCAUUCACAGGUCGCAGCUGCGGCUCCACGUGCCCUUCUGGAGUCUCUUCUCGUCGUACAGCUACAUUAACACGUACUACACCGCGUAGCUGCCUAAUCACACGUAAUAUGUAUUUAUGCACGUACACGUUGUCUAGCUGGUCGGCUCGGCCACCGCCUGGCGCGAGUCCAGCAAUAGCAGUAUCUGAGCAACUAGGAAAAUAA